ACGCAACAACUGAACGUGCUGAACAACUGCAGAUCCAUUUUGCCUCGAACUGCCCCGUCCUCCAGCAAAUUGCCCUUGUGUUGCAGCUACUCCAUGGACGAUCAGCUGAUGCUCGACCAGUCGGACACGGAGCUCCUGCAGUCUUUCCAACAUCUGGGACCCCUCCUGAUGCAGGCGAGCCAGUACAUGCGGGAAAAAGACGAAGAGCCACUGAACAAGAAGCUCAAGCAGGAACCCGUCGGCGCAGACAAGGCCGCUCAGCCACACAACCCCCAGAACAAGGCCCUGCUCACACUGAUCCAUCACCUGGCCAAGGUGGUCCUGCAACACGAUCGGGCCAUCCAGAUGGAUCGCAGACAGGACUCCUUCGUUAUCUUUGCCCAAGUCAGCGCGGAAGGAGCCCUCCCACUGCUGACGUCGAAGGCCAAAGAGUGGAAGGACAUGACGGAGAAGACCACCACCCUUCGCACCUUCCUGCUGAAGCACCUGAUCCUGGAGCUACAACAGAGGGCCAUCAAGUUGUCUCAGAGCACACAGGGGACCCAACUGUGGGACGUGGCAGUCACCAAAGGAGUGAUUCUCCAGGACGGGUCGUGGCCGUUCCAACAGUGGUGCCACACAGAGAAGAAGCUCACCAAAUCUCAUCGGGCACCGCUGCCCAUGAGCCGCAUCCUGAAGGACCUCCAGUUCAUGGUGGAGCUCCUGACCGACAACGAUCAUGUGAUGCGCUUCCAUUCACUGAGACCUCAAGCCAAUGUGGUUCCCUGGAUGCUCCAGAUCAACCUGCGCGAGGACGACCUGUGGAGACUGUUCCACCAGCUGAGUCAGUCCACCCUGUGGGGACUCCUGGGCCUGAGUCUCAAGCAGCACAACCAACAGGUCAGCAAACCAGCGCAGUUGCUGGAUCAGCUGACCAACAUGCAGGGGACCCCGAACAAAGGACUGAGUAGAGACACAUUCACCCUGACAGAUUGGGGACGCCAACAUGACUUGUUUCGUGAUCUCCUGCUGGAACUCAGGCCUCAGCCUUUUAAUUUGGAUGCGCAACUCUGGUUUCAGGGCAUUACCCAGAACUGGGAUGAAAAUCGAGGCCAAGCAGAUUCAGCAGAGUUCACAAGCAUGCUGUUGCAAUGGGUUGCACCAUCCUUCCUUAGCUGCCACUGGCAACGCAGGCUGAUGGAAAAUGAAUGCGUGCGGGUACAUGACCAAGGUGACAGGUAUCAACCACCCACGUUGCAACUUGACCCUUCACACAGCACAGAUGGUAUUGCACGCCUGACCGACAUGCUGAGGCGAUGGCACAACGACCUGGGCAUGUAUGCUGGCCUGCUGCAAGCCCCAGAAGUCCUGUGUGUCCACGUGGACCGAUUCAUCUAUGAGGGUCAUGGCAGAGUGCGCAAGACAGAUACUCCGGUGUUUUUCGGAGGGCCCAUUGACGUGCCCGUUUUUACAGAUGAUGGACUGGACUGCACAUGGGAACGAUAUCAAAUGACUGCGGCGUUUGCACACCAAGGAGAUGCAGCCACAGGACAUUACCAGGCCCUGCUGCGCACCCAGCCCAGCAUCCGGCAUCCCGACGCCGAUACCUACUGGCUGCACUGUGAUGAUGACAGACCAGCUCUUGAAGCUCCUGCAACAGCCGUGACCACAUUGGCAUAUGCUUCACCUGCCCAUAAGCCCUCCAGUGCCCUGGAGUGUACCGUAGGUGUCCUGACCAAUGAGAAGCUAGCGGGUGCUCCCGACCUUGCGAUAGCCCAUGCACUGGCGCGUUUUUAUCGCCAAACCGGCCUGGUCACAAUGCCAGUGCUGACGGCGUGCGCCGGAUCUGUCAUCAGAAAAGGUGCAGGUGAAGCAAUCAAUUGGUUGCCAAUUUUGACACAGACCGCAAACAGUGGACAACCGCCGACAACGGGCUCCGGCUCAACAAUGCAGAUCCCCAACAAGCGCUGCACCAAGAUACAGAAACGAAGUUUUCAACGGGCAUGCAAGCGUGCACUUCAGCACGGUAUGGCAUGGUUUCGAGGACAAGCAUACACAGUGGACCAAUUUCCCCAGACAUUGAUCAACAAAUGUGAUGCAGCUCCACCAGCACCACAGAAAACAAACAACUGGUGCUCCUACAAGGAUCAAAAACAUCGGCUCAGGGUCAUGCAAUGGAACCCUGGUGGACUCUCCCAGAGUUCAUUUCUGGAGCUGAAGUACUGGCUACGACAACAACCCAUUGACAUUGUUGUGCUGUCGGAGACGAAGUGGAGCUUUAAUUCCUGCUGGUCAGACGACAAAUGGUCAUAUGUGCACUCGGCUUCCAACGAUCCUCGUUCUGGAGGGGUGCUGAUCAUGAUUGCCAGACGCUUGGCAACACCAGACUCAAUAGGAUUCCUGGCCUUGGAAGACGGAAGAAUUCUACAUGCCCGCAUCCAUCAUGCAAAGCGGGCUACUGACAUCCUGGCGGUCUACCAGCACGUGGACUACAAGACCACUCAGUCCCGCAAACUGAGAGCACACUUGUGGGCCAAGCUCAGUGACUAUGUUGGACAACUUCCACAGCGCAAUCAAUUCAUAUGCAGUGGAGAUUUCAAUACAGCCCUGCCAGGUGUGGCACCAUGGACAGGCACAGGACAUUUUCACUGGCAAGGAUCUCGGACCUGUGGAUCUCAACAUGAGGCGCUCACCACGGCUGUUGAUCAAGCCGUUGAGGAACCAGUUGACCCAUCGACAGAUCCGGAACAGAUCAUCACGCACUUUUUCGGACAUGGUAUCACUGGAGCAGAUAUUGCUCUGCACAGCGAGCCCACCAGAAAGAAGCCAGACAGGCUAGGGCCAGGCAAAAUUGCAGAUCAGUACACAGCGCAUUCCUUGACAGUUGCAUACGUCCGCACCACAUGGCAGGGACCAUCAAGCUUACCACACUUCAGUGAUGAAGCCCCGGGAGUGCCGUUUUCCAUUUCAGAUCUCUGCGUUGCACUGCACAACCUGCACCCGCACAAAGCAGCGGCAAUGCCUUUUUUGCCAGCCACCGUUUGGAAAGGCUCCAGUUUGCAGAUCAGAACGCUGGUCGGCAACCACAGACGGUCGGUCCAACAGCAAAUGCGAUCCCCACCCAGGUCGACCAUACUGGGUGGUGUACAGUUAUUGCUCGACUUGACCCGAUGUAAAAUUGCUCCGCUGUUAUGGUUGGCUUACAUGAACAAACUGUUAUGGCUCCUCACACCACUGACUGGAGAAGCCUGGAUCCGUCACUGCCUGACACUGUAUGCGGACGACCUGCAUGUAGGCUGCCAAUUUCUGACCGUUGGUGAGCUGGAUCAUCAUUUGCAAUGCAUGGGCCACUUGCUUGAUUGCAUAGAACGCCUCAAACUGCAGAUCUCUUUGCAAAAGUCUUAUUUGAUUUUUUCCCAUACUGGCAGCAACGUGCGGCAUGCCCUCAAGGGCCGAAUGUGCUACCUGCAGAAUCAAGCACACCUGUUGCUGCCCCGUCGCACUGGAGAGGCUACGGCGUUGCCGUUGAAAACCAUGGGACGUUACCUGGGAGUGAUUGUUUCCUAUCAUGCAUUUGAACAGCAGACGUGGCUUCAUCGCAAGAAGACUGCCUGGAUUGCAUAUGCUCGCCUCAAACGUUGGCUCCGUCACAGACAAAUUCGACAAUCUCAUCGAAUGUAUUUAUGGCACACCUGCGUACAUACAAUCCUUGUGUAUGGAAUUUUUGGUACAGGAGUCACGGUGCAGUCACUAACUGAUUACCAACUUACAGUGUUCCAAAUGAUUCGAAUUUUGAUCGGUGACCACUCCUACAUGACAGGGCACACUCACCAGAGGGCAAUACAAAACCAGUCUCUUCCUCUCCCAUUGCAGCUCUUGCGGCAUGGCGCGGAGAAACUAUGGCUGAGACUCCAGAGGCGUGCUUUACAACUGGACCCAACAGACUUCUUACAGCAGGUCGACUGGCAACAUCAUCAAGAUACAAUGCAUUUGAUUGACCAGGUACACCACAGCAUGCCGGACGUCCCCAUCGAUGGUGAUGCAUUGAUGACGACACCACAGGCCCCUGCAGCAUCCAGCCAAGCUGCACCUGCAGACCCAGUGACCAGUGGCAACCGAGCAGAACGGAAUAGCUUUUUGAUCACCACCCAGCCAUUUUGGCCGACACUGAAGCAGAUCAUCCGAGAUCAGACAUGGCAUCAACUACAGGAAAAUCCUGCCAUUGGCCAAUACCUGACUCACACCUGUAUGAUCUGCGGCAUAUGGAACAAUCGCUGCCAGGAAUUACAUGGCCAUUAUCGGCUCCACCACUCUGAUGUGGUGACAGGCAUUUUUGCAAAAAGCGCCCAGCUGACCAAGGUACUGAGGUCCCCCAGCCCAUGUGUGCUUUGCCAAAGGGAGUUCAUGCACGGCCACACGUGCACAGUGUUCACCCAGAUAGCUGCGCUGCUACUGCACUGCCAGACUUCAGAUGUGGAUGUUGACCGGGUUCUCAGGUGUGAGCUGUGCCAAACCAGAUGCGAUGACCUUCAGAGCCUGCACCGCCAUUUGAAGGCGGAACAUGAGGUGACUGUCUUCGACUGGAAUGUUGCCAGGGACUCAGUACCUGGCUCCACAGCAUGCUCUCACUGUGGCAAACCAUUCACCUCACGUGAUGGCUUGAGAACUCACAUAAUCACUGGCAAAUGUGAGUUUUUCGAUCCGACUGCGACAAACCACCCACUCAAUGCGGCAGAGAAGUGGCGCACUCAGCUGACACUUGGGUUUUUGGACAAACAACAUCUUUCAGCUCACCAGCGCUUACAGUUGACGCUGCAUUGCCAGCUAUGCGGCGAGAUCUAUGUGCGUUCCAAUGAUCUCAACGCGCAUCUCCAACAGGCGCAUGGACAGCUUUGGCAACGAUCCAAUGACCUAGUCAGGUACCUGCUUCAGACAUUGAUCAGCAGCCGCGGAUGCAUGUGCAAUCCAACGGUCAAUGAUGACAGUCGAACCCACAUCUGCCCAGGAGUUCGACAAAUGGCCAUGAUUUUCUACACCAGUGAAACUGAGAUGUUCAUACCGCAGCAGUAUAACGAGCAGACAUUGCGACUCACACACCGUGCACUGGAAAAUCAUGCAAGAUUUCAAAUGCUGUUAAAUGUGGUGCUGGACCGAGACUUCAGCCAUCUUUGGCAUGCCCCUGCACUCUUGCAAAUGUUCAGGCAUUGGUGCACGCUAUGUGGCGCCUGGUUUCAUACAGCGGCUCUGAUGACUCACCAACUGACCCAUCAUCAUGAUGCUUGUGUGUGGGCGGCCCAGCUCAAGUUUCAACUGGUACAAUGCAUGCAGACGGAACAGCCACAAGACUAUCAGUGCAAAUUCUGCAAAUUGUUUUUCAAUGACAGCACGGUUGACCCAGACGCAACAACUGAACGUGCUGAACAACUGCAGAUCCAUUUUGCCUCGAACUGCCCCGUCCUCCAGCAAAUUGCCCUUGUGUUGCAGCCACUCCAUGGACGAUCAGCUGAUGCUCGACCAGUCGGACACGGAGCUCCUGCAGUCUUUCCAACAUCUGGGACCCCUCCUGAUGCAGGCGAGCCAGUACAUGCGGGAAAAAGACGAAGAGCCACUGAACAAGAAGCUCAAGCAGGAACCCGUCGGCGCAGACAAGGCCGCUCAGCCACACAACCCCCAGAACAAGGCCCUGCUCACACUGAUCCAUCACCUGGCCAAGGUGGUCCUGCAACACGAUCGGGCCAUCCAGAUGGAUCGCAGACAGGACUCCUUCGUUAUCUUUGCCCAAGUCAGUGCGGAAGGAGCCCUCCCACUGCUGACGUCGAAGGCCAAAGAGUGGAAGGACAUGACGGAGAAGACCACCACCCUCCGCACCUUCCUGCUGAAGCACCUGAUCCUGGAGCUACAACAGAGGGCCAUCAAGUUGUCUCAGAGCACACAGGGGACCCAACUGUGGGACGUGGCAGUCACCAAAGGAGUGAUUCUCCAGGACGGGUCGUGGCCGUUCCAACAGUGGUGCCACACAGAGAAGAAGCUCACCAAGUCUCAUCGGGCACCGCUGCCCAUGAGCCGCAUCCUGAAGGACCUCCAGUUCAUGGUGGAGCUCCUGACCGACAACGAUCAUGUGAUGCGCUUCCAUUCACUGAGACCUCAAGCCAAUGUGGUUCCCUGGAUGCUCCAGAUCAACCUGCGCGAGGACGACCUGUGGCGACUGUUCCACCAGCUGAGUCAGUCCACCCUGUGGGGACUCCUGGGCCUGAGUCUCAAGCAGCACAACCAACGGGUCAGCAAACCAGCGCAGUUACUGGAUCAGCUGACCAACAUGCAGGGGACACCGAACAAAGGACGCGGCAAAGGGAAGUCGAAGACCAAGACCAAAUAGUCCAGCAACUUCGUGCUUCACUCCGACGGGAAGUAGCCAGAAUGACCCUUGGCAACACGGGCCACAUGUGCUACGCCAACAGUGCCUUCACAUGCUUUUUGUGGUCAGGACUGAGUAGAGACACAUUCACCCUGACAGAUUGGGGACGCCAACAUGACUUGUUUCGUGAUCUCCUGCUGGAACUCAGGCCUCAGCCUUUUAAUUUGGAUGCACAACCUGGUUUCAGGGCAUUACCCAGAAUUGGGAUGAAAAUCGAGGCCAAGCAGAUUCAGCAGAGUUCACAAGCAUGCUGUUGCAAUGGGUUGCACCAUCCUUCCUUAGCUGCCACUGGCAACGCAGGCUGA